GCUCAGGCGUCUGUUGCAUCAGGGCUUUCGAGUAGCAUAUAAAGACUGUCGCUAUGGCACAGGCUUGCGGCUGCCAGGUGAUCUGUCCAGUUUAGAUGGACUGCAUCAAUCCCUUGGCGUUACGUCUAUCUCUGCGUGCAUAGAGCCUUGCAGCUUCUCAAAACACUCCAAGGACUUUCAUGGUGCAACCAGUACGCCAGAGGAGAGCACUUCAGCGUACUCAGCGUCUGCAAAUACCUCAGAUCGUCCACCUAAUGCAGCUCCAUCUUGCAAAUCUUUUUCCCAUGCGGGCCAAACAAAUCGGACUAGCACAUGCAGCUGGUAUUUUAAUGGUUGUAAGCAAUGGGACAGGGCAAGUCGGGUGUCGUUACCUCAGUCUCGAGACUUCGCAACAGUGCCCAGCAGGUUUGCAGGUCAUGAAAGCAGGGCAGCCCGUAAGAUAGCUCAAAGAAAGGGCAGGCCUUCUGAGGUAGUAAACGCGGAAUCAGAUGCUCCUAUGGAUCCCAUUCAGUCAGACAGCAGGGAAGUGACAGAGGCGAAUGAGGGCAAGCCAUCUGAUGUGCAGGUAGCAGAGGCAGUGAACCAUCCAGCGCUGAUCAUCACGCGAGAGAUUGAAUGGGGGACGGUGAUCCUGGGCUUUGAGCAGGCCAACCGCUACACAGUGCUGGACCAGGAUGGCAAUGUGGUGGCGCUAAUGGCAGAGGACACGGGCUCGCUCGGCACCGCCGUUGGCCGGCAGCUUCUGCGCACCCGCCGCUCAUUCACUGCCACCGUAUUCAGCCCGGACGGCAGCCAGGUGAUCUUUCGCGUGCGGCGACCAAUGUAUCUCAUAAACAGCACAAUCAUUGUGGAGGAUGGAGAAGGCACACCAGUGGGCGAGGUGCACCAGCGGUGGCAUCUGUGGAAGCGCAAGUACGGCCUCUACCUGGAGAGGAACCAGUUUGCAGCCAUCGAGGGGAACUUCCUGGCCUGGGAGUUUGUGCUGCGAGACCAGGACGGAGGUGUGUUGGCGCUGAUAGAUCGCAAUUUCCAGGGCUUUGGCAAGGAGCUCUUCACAGAUGCGAGCAAGUAUGUCAUCCACUUUGGGUCCAAGCCAACCGAGGCUGCUGAGCAGGUAGCCAACACUAUUGCUGCAGCACACCCAGACAAGCCCCGGCCGGAAGUCACUGCGCUGGCAAAGCUGCGCACCGACGUAGCAGUCGUGCCCACCCAGACCGGCAACCAGCUGGAGGUGGUGCGGCCACUGGUGCUGGAUGAGCGAAUGACUGCGCUGGCUGCGGCCAUCUCCAUCGACUACGACUACUUCUCGCAGCACAGCCACGGCCCGGGCAUGAUGCCAGGCUUCCUCUUCCCCAUGCCCAUCCCCACCCCCUCCUACCCAGAUCCCGAUGCCGGCCCCGACCCCGGCCCCGGCGCCGACGGCGAUGCCUCCGCACCGGACGCCAGCCCAGCCCCAGGUGGCAGUGAUGCUGGGGCCCCGGCGGGAGCAGAGCCGCUUGACCGCGACCUGGGCAGUGACGGGUUCGAGUCACCCCCCGACAGCGGCGGAGAUGGCGGCAGUGGUGGAGGCAACAGCUGGUUUGGAAGGGACGAUGACAGCGGUGGGGAUGUUGGAGGGGACAGCGGUGGGGAUGGGGGGUCCCUGUGGGGGGACCUGUCAGGAUUCUUCAGCGAUUAAUGAUUGCAACAGGGGUCAUCUUGUAAAACGGACCUGCUUGUGGACGGCAUUGCAUUUGGAUCAUGCUGCCUGGCAGUGGAACGUCAUGGGAGAGCACAUUGCGCAGUGUGCGUGCAAGCCUUGGUGAUGAUGUACAAUGGAAUGCAUGGAUGGCCUUGUGGUCAGGUUCCAAGGAGUUCCCGGACCUCAAUUACUUGAUUUUGUGUCUCAAGACAAGCGCAAUUACAAUCAGAGUACUUAGUGUCCACAUUGGCAUCCAAGUUGGUGAAUGCAGCCAAAUCAUUAGAGAAGAGGUAUGCAGACAUCGCCCUUGAAGGCAGGGCGAGCGCCAGGAGAUAGGAGGAAGGACUGCCUCGCAAGUGCACGUCAUGUAACAGCAAUACAAUG